AUGCCAGAUGCCAUGGACCCAAACAAGGAUAAAAAUAAUCUGGAAAAGCGCCAGAAGAGAAUGCAAGCAAUAUACGAGCUUUUUGAGUCUGAGUCCGAGUACGUGUACGACUUAGUUCUCUGGACAAGAACCAUAAAACAUCUGGUUGUUAAUACGACAACAUUGGAUGUUUACAGCAAACAGGUUUUCCUGUCUAAGGUAAUAGGAAACUCAGAUAGCAUAUACCAGCUGCACGACGCAAUUCUUAUAAAUUUCAUGAAGACCCUGAAAAUAGCAAGAAACACCCCGAAGGAUGUAUUUCUGCGCCUGGACAUUACGCCAGAGUUGCUUAUAGAGGUGCUUAAGGGAUACAGCAUAAGAAAGACACUUAUUUCAAGCAUAUACAUAGAAUAUGCAGGAAGGGUGCCGCAGGCAACAGGGACAAUGGAAAUUCUCAUAGAAGACAACAAGAACUUUGAUGCAGAAAUAUCUGAUGUUCUCCAUAGAAUCAACAGAUUGCAUCUGGGGUGCUCGCACUUUAUCAUGCGCCCUAUGCAGAAAAUAACCAGAUACCCACUGCUAUUUAAGGCGAUAUUAAAGCAAGCCUUGCCGGAGGAAGAAGCAGCACUUUCAGAGGAAAUAACAAAUAUUCAACAGAUAAACCUGCACGUGAACCAGAAUGUGCAAUAUUCCACAGAGUACUUUACGCUUUUCCAUCUAUCGCACGAGAUCAAUUACAAGCACAGACCAGCUUUCUCAAUAGGAAUUAUACAGAAAAAUAGAAAGCUAAUAAGAAUGGAAGAAGAAAUAUCACUUAUUUCUGGUCUAAGCCGAAAAACAGUUUCAAUUGUGAUCCUUGAUAAUGCAGUUUUCUUAAUCGAGUGCAUCAUUAAAAUUCGAGGAAUCUACAAGAAAACCGUAAAAACGCUUCUUGAUGAAUACAUGGCACCAGACAGAGUGGAGGCAUGCAUUGUGGAAAGCCCAGACAAAAAGGAGAUUCAGCUAGAAAUAUCAUGCGGGGAUAAAAAGUACCUUGCAGAGUGCAAGGGCUGGGUGGCAGAAGAAAUUGUCCAAGUCAUUAAGGAUAUAAAAGAGGCAGAGCAGUCAAAGUUCUACAAAUUCACAGUAGAGGAAAUGGAGAAUCUGGUGGAAGGCGAAGAUAUUUCCCUUUCUUUAAUUAGCCCAAGCUUAAUUGAAGAAUGGUCAUCGAGUGGUAUCGGGGAUAUAGUUAUUGGAUGCCAAGAGUACUUGGAGGUAAUCCUGAACAAUCAAAGAACCAGGAUAGUAGACAAGAAGCCAUGCAUGGAUGUAGUGUACAAUGAGAAGGUUUCGAAUGUAUUUGUCAGAAUAGAAAAAGCAGUUUAUAGCUUUGUGAUAAGUCAGGAUAUCCAGCAGUCUCCUCCAAAACUGAGAAAGCUCAUAGGAUGCACAGAUAUAUCAUUCAUUAAAAACGGCGAAACAGAGAAUGAGAUUCUUUUAAUUGCAAAACAGAUAGGAUAUUUAGGCUCUGAAGAGCUGUUUAUCUUCAAAAUAACUGCAGACCAAACUGGAUACUUAACAAAAAAAACGCACCGUAGGAUGUACAUUGCAGGUGACAUAAUGGACGUCUCAUUCUUUGGAAAGAAUAUGGUUCUUUCUUCAAAUGACUUUGAGCUAAUUGAUUUAGUGGACCUAACCACGCAGGAAUUGCUUGACCCAUUAGACAAAACAAUAGCAAUAUACGUUGACAAAACAGAGUCAAAACCUCUUUCCAUUUCCAAAAUAGAUGACAAUUUGUAUCUUGUGGCACUCUCUGAUGUGGGGUUCUACAUUAACAAGUACGGAUCCAGAAAAAAGACAAAUAUAGUCUUUCUGUGGCUUAUGGCAGUUAACUACGUCUUUGUUUUUAAGGAAUAUAUUAUUGCAAUUGGCGCAGAGCAGGUGAAAAUAUUUACGCUAAAAGAUGGAAUACUCAGGGGAAUCUUUGAAAUCGCAAACUGCAAGCACCUUCACCACCCAGACUACAUAAUUAUAUACAAUGACACUAAGAUAUACCGAAUUACCAGCCCAGAAAUAUCUUCCUAA